UUCGAGGGCUUGUUAUGCAAUUUUCCUCCCUAUAAAUGGCCUUGCAGAUCUCCAGUAAGAAAUCAAACAAAUUAAAGUAGUGUUAACAUAUUGAAAGAUCAUUUCUCAGAUUCGUUGACAAUGGCGGACCUCCUCUCAAACUGGUCAAGCACACUACAAGCAGUUCCUCCAAGUCAUUGCAUACCAGCGCAUGAAAGACCAGUGGAUCCAGUUGAAAUUGCGAACACUAUUCCAGUCAUUGAUUUGGGAAAAGCUAAGGGGGAAGAACGAUCUGUCGUUGUUCAAGAACUUAUGAAAGCUUUUGAAGAAUAUGGGUUUUUUCAGAUAAUCAAUCACGGAGUACCGGAAAAUCUGAUGGAGGAGGCAAUGAAAGUGUACAAAGAAUUUUUCAGUCUGUCAGCUGAAGAGAAAGCAAAUUAUGCAAAGGAUGCUGCAAAUAACACAGCAAGUGGUGCAGCGACACUGUACAGCAGCAGUGCCAAGCAUUAUGAUUCAGAGGAGCAUCGAUACUGGAGGGAUGUCUUGGAACAUAGCUGCAAUCUUGAUGGGGAAGACAAAAAAACUUGGCCUAAUAACCCUCCAAGAUAUAGGGAGGUUAUUGGUGCAUAUUCAGAUGAAUUGAGAAGGGUGAGCAAGGUCAUCUUGGGUAUGGUAACUGAAGGGCUAGGUUUGGAGCCAGGGUUCUUUGACAAAGAACUUGGGCAGAGAAUGCUUGUCAAUCACUAUCCAGCAUGCCCAGAUCCAAGUUUAACCUUGGGAGUUGGUGGACAUUGCGAUCCUAAUCUCAUAACCAUUAUCCAACAAGAAGUCUAUGGUCUACAAAUAUUGAAGGAUGACAAAUGGGUUGGUGUGGAGCCUAUACGUAAUGCAUUUGUGGUCAAUUCUGGUUUACCAAUAACGGUAAUUAGCAAUGGGAAGCUAGCUAGUGUUGCACAUCGUGUGGUGACGAACAUAACUCAACCCCGAACUUCCAUUGGUACUUUUAUUUGUCCGGAAGAUAUCGUUGAACCUGCAAAAUCACUUGUUGGUCAAGAUAAUCCUCCACAGUUCAAAUCCUUCCAUUGGGGCGUUGAUUUUAUGCCACAUUACCUCAGCAAGAAAUCAGUUUACCACGCAUCAUUGGAGCCUUUCAAAAUCGAUGCUUAAGACAAGGAUCAAGUCUCUGCUGCUACUUUUAAUUUCGACGAAAAUAAGAGCUUUAAUUUUCAAUGUCUCUGUAGUUUGCAUCCCAGUUUUAUUACGUACUUCAUGAAUAAGAAGCUUUGAUUCCUUA